AUUUAUUUCUCAGAGAGCCUGAAUGCUUCCUUGGUACAUACUUGAUUAGUAGACUGACAAGAACCUUGAUAGGGCCAGGGUACAAAUGUACAUAGUUCCUUUAAAACUCUAUCUAAACCAAUUUGUUUUGUAAUGCUUUUGAAUGAACUGGAUCAAAAGCUCAUAGCUGGACUUUGGAUCAUACUUUUCCUGCUUUUUUAAUUUUUAGCAUUGAUAAGCUUUGGAAACAUCUCUCUUUUUAGGAAGGAGCUAAUUGCUUCUGUGAAUCCGAUUUAGAAAAACAAAACAAAAAAACCCACCUAGAUAUCGGAGAAUUAUCCAGCCAGCACUAUGUCCAAGUUCAUAGCUCCCGACAUUAAAAACUUUGUGGCGUGGGACUAUGUUGUUUUUGCUGCACUCUUUCUAAUUUCUUCUGGCAUUGGCGUUUUUUUUGCAAUUAAGGAGAGGAAAAAUGUAACUUCAAAGCAAUUUUUAGUAGGUGGAAAGCAGAUGACAUGCGGACCAGUGGCAUUGUCCCUUACGGCUAGUUUCAUGUCUGCAGUCACUGUUCUGGGAACACCUGCAGAGGUAUAUCGCUAUGGAGCGCCCUUCAUUAUUUUCUUUAUUUCAUAUACGUUUGUCAUCAUCAUUACUUCUGAACUUUUCCUACCUGUGUUCUACAGAUCUGGGAUUACAAGCACUUACGAGUAUUUGGAGUUAAGAUUUAACAAGUCUGUUCGCUUUGCUGCAACACUGAUCUACAUAGUGCAGACGAUUCUUUAUACUGGAGUAGUGGUUUAUGCUCCGGCAUUGGCUCUUAACCAAGUGACUGGAUUUAAUCUCUGGGGUUCUGUAUUUGCAACAGGAAUUGUCUGCACUUUCUACUGCACUCUGGGAGGAUUAAAAGCUGUUGUCUGGACAGAUGCAUUUCAACUGGUUGUCAUGGUGAUUGGUUUCUUAACGGUUCUGAUUCAAGGAACUAUUCAGAAUGGAGGACCUACCAACAUCUGGGCGAAUGCCAACAAUGGAUCACGCCUAGCAGUAUUUGACUUUGAUGUAGAUCCUUUAAGGCGACACACCUUUUGGACAAUCACAGUUGGGGGAACCUUUACGUGGUUAGGAAUCUAUGGAGUUAAUCAGUCCACAAUACAGAGAUGCAUUUCCUGCAAAUCAGAAAAGCAAGCUAAACUUGCACUGUACCUUAAUUUAGUGGGACUCUGGGUAAUCCUAGUGUGUGCAGUCUUUUCAGGCUUGGUGAUGUAUGCCCAUUUUAAGAACUGCGAUCCUUGGACUGCUGGUUUCAUUUCAGCACCUGAUCAGCUGAUGCCUUAUUUUGUUAUGGACAUAUUUUCCACAAUGCCAGGACUCCCCGGACUAUUUGUUGCAUGCGCAUUCAGCGGAACCCUCAGCACUGUGGCUGCAAGCAUAAAUGCUCUAGCAACAGUAACAUUUGAGGAUUUUGUCAAGUACCGUUUUUCAAAUCUCUCUGAAAAAAUGAGCACCUGGGUCAGCAAAGGCUUAUGUAUAGUAUUUGGAGUGCUGUGUACUUCCAUGGCUGUGGCAGCAUCACUUCUGGGAGGAGUUGUCCAGGCUUCACUCAGUAUUCACGGCAUGUGUGGGGGGCCCAUGCUAGGAUUAUUUACACUGGGAACUGUGUUUCCUUGUGCUAAUUGGAAGGGUGCUGCAGGAGGCCUAUUGACUGGGAUCACCUUAGCAUUUUGGGUUGCUAUUGGAGCUUUUGUUUACCCAGCACAGCCUUCAAAGGCCCACCCUCUGCACUUAUCAACAGCCAACUGCACUCUAGCUAACAACUCAGAGAUGAUAACUACAUUGGCUCCUACUCUCCCUCCAAUCAGGCCUCAACUGGCAGAUACUUGGUAUUCCUUGUCCUACCUUUACUACAGCGCUGUGGGCUGUUUAGGGUGCAUUAUUGCAGGCCUUCUGAUAAGCUUUUUAACAGGCCCUGCUAAAGGAAAAGACAUGAAGCCACUGUUAAUACGUCCUGUCUGCAACCUGUUUUGUUUUUGGUCUGAAAAAUGCAAAACAUUAUGCUGGUGUGGCGUGCAGCAUGACAGCACAAAAGAGGACUCUGAAAACAAUCUGUGUAAAGAUGGUGCAAAGAAGGCAGGGACAGAUGAGCCCAUCCACAAUGGAUUCAACAAUGAAACCCAGAGUCAUUUACCGGGUUAUAAUCAUCAUGAAAAAUCCUACACCAAUACAAGCAUAGAGACAGAAUCCUACUUCUAGCAGCUGCGGGGGGACAAAACCUAACUUCUCAUGGAAAUCAAACUGCAUUGCUCCAGCUUUAGAAAACAAGGACUGUACCUAGCCUGUCAGUUGUAUUUUACUAAGUCCUGGAUGAUCAGAGCAGCAUAUGGUAGACACUGCAGAGAGAGAGGUAAAAGCCAGAUUCAAUUUUAGUUAUGAAAUACAUAUUAAAUAUUAAAAACAAGGCAUCCAUUCUUUAAAGACAGUGAUGCUGGGAAUGCUGUGUGUCAGGAGAAAUGAAAAAACUGAGGCUUAUUAUGAAAAUUUCUAUUACAUGUUUAGCAAAAGAUUGGCAUUAAUGUUGGUGCUGUGGCUAAAUUCCAAUCUGAGCAAGUCCAUCAUCUAUCAACAAUUUAUUUUGGAAAAUUCAACCAUCCAGAGGCAUUUCCUUCCUUCUUGUCCCAAACUAGGAUGUAGUGCUACUGUUCACCUCAGUUAUGGAUGAGGUGAUUUCUGUAUCUAUUAUCUUCUCCCACAACCAUCUCUGUGCUUUCCCCCACAACCCUCCUCAUGCAGUUAGACACAGAACAUCUUUCCUGGUCGGAAAAUCCCUUCCCUUCCACAUUCAAAUCUCCCCUGAAGACCUGCUUCUACCAGAACACAUAUUGGCAGUAAGUACUAGCCUUGAGCUGGCCCACAACCCGGGACAUCUGAUUGUAGAACAAACCAUUUAAAAAUGAACUUUUAUAAAAAAUGUAUGUUAUCCAGCCAUAGCCAAUCAUAACCAUUUUACUUGUAGGUCAGGCUUCUUUCCCAAAUCCUCUCUCUGGUCAUUUUCACUUUGUGAGGAGCUCUGAAGCUGAUUGGCCUGUGAAGUUGGUGGUGAGCAAGGUUGAGGGAAUAUGAGGACUCACUCAACCAACAGAAAGAUGAUGGACAUUUCUGUCCUCUGAUAUAUGCCUUUUCUGAACUCUAAUAGCAGUGGUGUCCAUCAGAAUGCACUGAUACAUGUAACAAUAAAAGUUGGAUAUUUGGUACAGAGGCCACUGUUCCUUUGCUGAAUGAGCUCGGCUGCUGCCCUGCUACCGUCUCUCUAACCUGAGCGUUUUGCAUCAGUUUGGGCAUCUUCUGGUCUGAGUCCUGCUCCCACAUUAGCAGAACCAUCACUCUCCCCUCUUUGCUCCCCAAUUCAAUGCAAGCUGGCUCCACACUGUCCAAUAGCAUGUUGGUCCAGUUGGAAGAAUAAAUUCUGAGGAUUUGGUCCAGUUCGUCAUAGAAUGGACAUGUUUUCCCAGUCUGACCCAGACUUCAUUAUUGUCCUGGGCCUCGUUAUAAUGGCCUUAAGUCCCUUGAUUUUUUUUCUCAUUUCUGCUUGAUGCUCCGAGAGAUGCCAAUCUCAGCUAGUCGCUCGGACGCCCAGCCAUACAUUCACGUAUUCUCAAUGCCUGAGUUCAACUGUGCCUGACUUGCCUCAUCUAUCCAGGUGGCCAUCAGUGCCCACAUAUCCGCUUCAGAUCAGCUGGCAGCACAGUCAUAAGAAUGCUACUGCGAAGACAUGCUAUCCAAAGAAAUUGAUUUCUGGGGAAACAGCACACAGUGUGCGCAGUGGCAUGUGCUCAGAUAAGUAGCUUCUAGAAACCAUGACCGCUGUGCAGUGGAGUUCAGAAAAUAGGCCAGACAGACCAGCUAAUCAUUGACCUGUGCACUAUGGGCUAGUACUGGGGGAAUUAUUUGCACCAUAGGGACUAUUAUUCCAGCGUUACCCAUCCAUAAUGACACUGCAUUAUUGGAAUUUGGCACAGCAGAGAACCAUAUGGUGGUUAGAAGCCAAUCUAAUCCAAAUGGCACUAUGAACAGCUGUGCAUUGUUGGGAGUAACUCUAUAUGUGGACAUGAGGUGUAUUGCAGGUGUGUCAGGGAACCGAGCGGCAGUUAGCAUGACACAUUUCUGCAGUAUUGAUAAGGCCUUCAUUGGGAAAAAUAAUCGUUUGCUAGUUCUCCCCAUGAAUGGGUCCAUAUGCUUGACUAGGGAUCAGUUUGGCUAAGGACUGACAUACGGUUGGGACUGACAUUCUGAGUCAUGGGUAAAUUCACUUCAUUAUUUCUUUUGUGGUCCUUUUAGUGGCUCAGCUCUGCUUGCUGUUGCCAGACUUCUCUCCUCCUGGCGUGCAGGUCCCUUUCUCCCCCUUCACCUGACACUCUCUUUCUACUUCUAUGGAAAAUCCUUCCCCAGGUGGUUAGCAAGGCAAUGACUGCAUGUGGAAGUUUUAUUAAAAUAGCUGACAAAUUUAUGACAUAUAGGAGUGUAAACUAAGCCACUAAUAACUGUUAUUCUUCAGGGUGUAAACUAAUUCCUUGCAAGGGUAAGGAAGGACGCUCUUAACACCCCACCAUAAAUAGUACAGUGCAGCCUGGUGGUACAUUGUGUAUUAUUUCAUGCACUGGUAGAAGCAGGAUAUUAGGCUAGAGGGCCAGUGGUUCCAUGUGGUAUAGCACCUCAUACCACAUGGUCAAUUGUUGUAAAGCGAUGGCUGCACUGUGAGGCAACAAGAGCCAAUUUUAUAAUUUCUCAAGAUCUUUAGAAAUUUACUCAUUGCGAUUUCCUAUUAUGCUAAGAGUCUUCUCAAAUUCUGUAUACCGAUGGAGUAUACAGUCCUCCCCUCCCCCACCCCCAUUUGUCAAUAAACUAGUUUUCACCAAUUUUUAAAACCAGGCACAGUAUAAUGUGCAACCGUAAUAACUUCCUAAUUUAAUUGUCAUAAACAACAUAGAUGCUUCCUGUUAGUAUUAUUUUAAAUGUGCAAAAUGCUGGGCAACUGUACUGGUUAGAGUCAGAGGCUGUGACAAACUUCUUCACAUAAAAUUGCCAAAGUACUUUGUUUUAGUCAGCUAUCCCAGCCCUUGGUUCUGUUUCAAAUCAAAGUUGCUGGUUGUGCCUCGCUGUGUGGUGAUUUUGUCAUGUAGUCAAACAUUUAGCAAGAUCUAAGGUGUGAAGAAGCCCAGUCAAUUGCUUGUGCAUUUUCUAAUCUUGCCAUCGCAUUUCCAGGCAUGUGGUAUUACAGAAUUAGACUUCCAAAGUUCUACUGUUUCAAUUUAAUUAAUAUUCAGGUCAAGGUUGGGUAGAAUUACCUUCUCAUCUCUGAGCCAUUGAUCAUUCCAAAUCAAUUCAGACUUCCUCCUGCUAACUCUGGAGCUGAGAAAAUACAACAAGGGAAGGCCAGAGACACAGAUGCUUGAAAAUCUUUGGACAGGAUGGACUAGUCCCUUUACUGCCUGUCAGACAGUCACUCACACAGCUAAUGAAAUGUAGUUCUGACUAGUAUAAUUUUCUCGUGCUCCCUUCCUGGCCUUAUACCUGACUUCUGACUGGACAAAGGGGAGGUAUGAGGACCAGAUUUUCAAAGAGUUCAGUUUCUUGCACCUGAACACUUUUGAAAAUCUGGCCACACUACUCCGAUACCAAAUGGGAGCUGCUCUCUUGGGAACAGCCUGCCACUUACUGAGGUGGCUAAAUGAGAGUUGCUGAGUGCGGCACUGUUUUGAAAAUCUGGCCCCACAUUUCUGCUUCACUUCCAUUUUCUCUUUUCCCCCUUGCUUCCUAAUUUGAUCUCACAGCCUUAUUGUUCUAAGCUUAUUUGACACUUUCUCUGCAGGCUGUGAAUCUGCUGCUUUCAUAUAUAGUUAUCCACUCCUCCCAAAGGACAAAGAAAUGUAUUUUUGAGAGUUUUUUAAAAACUGCAACCCCAAAGAAAUACCAACAUGAUAACAAAAACAUAGCCUCUUUUCAAUUGUAACCUCAGGUUGCCAUCCAUCCGAUUCAAGACUGACUCUUUAGCAUUUGUGGCCAAUUUUUCAGAACAAGUAACCCCCCCCACCCAGCCCCUCAGUGUACUAACAUUAAGUGCAUGUGCAAACCCUGAGUUAGUGCAUGCAAACUAGCACUUGCAUAUGCAAUUUACAUGAAGCACAUUUACAAAUCCCCAGCUACCAAUCCAAGCUACACGUGCCAUAACCUACCUGCUUGAACAAAGGCGAAGAAUGUUCCGGAGCAUGGGGUGCAGGGGUACUUUUGAUUGUGCCUCCCUUUUGGUGGACUUUAAAAGUUUCAGGCUGGUUCCUUCAGGUUUUAGAGCUGCUCUUCUAUUGCAGUAUAACAUUUGUACUGUAUCUUAAUUAAUUUGCAAAUAUUUAAAUAAUAAAGGGCUAAGAAUGUGCCAUACUGAAGGGAAGUCUAUGGGAGAGAUCCGGGGAGAGAGGAAAACUCUGCAAGACUAAGGACCCAGGACUCAGUACAGGAGCAUGAAAAUGAGAUUGAGGCAACAUGAAUCGCGGCUAGCUAGAGUACAACUGCAUUACAAUCAUAGACUAUAAUGUUAGCUUUCUCUGCUGCAGCACUGAGUAUCAAAGAAGAGCAGCUGGUGAAGCAUGGAGAAAAGUAGAGGUAAAAUAAAUGGGAAAAAUAGGGAUAAGCUACUUGGAAGCUAAUUCUGACCCCUCCUCCACAGCUGGGUGGGUCCUGAGCAGCAGAAUUGAUUGAGUUUAUCUUCACAGAUUGGGAGAAAGUUUGGGGGACCUCCAAGGGGUACACUCCCCUAUCUGGCAUAGAGUCCUAUUUCACAGCACGGGCUGAUGGAUGGACGAGUUCAGAGACUCCAAUGUUGGGUGCAUUCUCCAGUGCUUCUACUCAUGGGUUAAUGCAGCAUCCAUGGUCGGGGAAGGAGGAUGGUGAGGAGUCCAUUACGGACACCUUAAAAUAUCCAUGUACUUUAGGAAGACUUAAGCACACGUUUCAGUGCUGUGGGGCUUGCUGGGGCAAGAUGCAGAAUACUCUGCCCCUGAUUCAAUGAAACACUUAAAAACAUGCUUUUCUUUGAGCAUGUGACUUCCUCUGCAGCAUGGGGCACUGCUCACUUGCAGGUUUAAACUAGUGUAAAUGGUGGAUUCUCUGUAACUUGAAGUCUUUAAAUCAUGAUCUGAGGACUCCAAUAACUCAACCAGAGGUUAGGGGUCUAUUACAGGAAUGGGUGGGUGAGGUUCUGUGGCCUGAAAUGUUCAGGUCAGGCUAGAUGAUCAUGAUGGUCCCAUCUGACCUUAAAGUUUAUGAGUCUAUGAGUCAAUGGGACUAUAUACGUGCACAUAUUUAAGUGUUUUCCUGAACUUGCAUUUGUCUAAACAUAUGGAUUCAAUUCAGUAGAAGUUUUGCUACAGACUUUGUUGUGACCAAGAUUUGGCCCGAAGAGAUUAGUAUAGAGGAAAAUCUUACAUUCACAUGGUGGGCUGGAGGAAGGGAGGUGCAGAAAGUGAUGAAUCAAGACUUCAGCCCUAUCACCACUUUUUCUAUUAAAGUUUCAUUUUUACCUGGUUGAGAAGGGUUCUGGAUGGUGAUCAUGGUUAAUAAUUUUAAACAAAUAUCCAGUAGCUCUUAGUCAGACAUUCUUGGGAUUAUCUUUCAUUGCAUCCCUAACGGGCUCAUCAGCCCAGUGACUUGAUAGUGCAUUGAAGUGGGUGCACCCACCAAAAUUAAGAUAGCAUUUCCAAUUCACCGAUUCAUAUAGAAUAAAUUCACAACAGCGUGGUGUCUCUCAUUAACAUGGUGUAUAUACAUUGUGGGGCUAGGCACUGACUCCUUGAGUUGGGGUGAACUACAACUUUGUAGAGGACAUAGUUUACCAG